UAGAAUCUAUUAAGUGCAAAUAUUCAGGACAGAAAAUGGCGACGGCGGGGAGCCGGACGUCGUCGUUAGGCGGAUUAUUGGACCCUAGUAGCGGCUCAGGCACCGGGACCGGAGCCCAGGACAGUCCCAGUGGCUCCAGCGGGAGCAGUGUGUCGACCAGCAACGGCAAGGCGAAGAGGAGCGCGGGCGAGAGCUCCCAGUGGAGGCGCAAGGUGAGGAGUGUGGAUCUGGAUAAGUGUGAGAGCGGCUCGGUCCAGUCCGCUUUACUGCAGCACAGCCUCGGCGACAGAACCAGCACUCAUCUGGGUGAUAAUAAUGGUGCUCAGGAGUGGAUGAGGAGCUGUUUAAAGAGUCCGAGCUCUGCUGAACAUGGAGCGGCUUCUGCCGCGGUGGACGUGAACGCUUCACACAACAACAGCCGGGACAUGGAGAGCAAGGAGACCCUGCGUGGGCUGCAGAAGAUGGAGGACCGGCCGGAGGAGCGGCUGAUCCGGGAGAAGCUGAAGGCCACCUGCAUGCCCACCUGGAAGAGCGAGUGGCUGGAGCGGCGAAGCCGGAGAGGCCCGAUGGUAGUGAAGCCCAUCCCUCUGCGGGCCGACGGCACUGAGGCGGGCAGCGACGGGCACAGCUCGUCCUCCUCUCAAAGCAGAGGCCAUCGCAGCCCUUCUCCUGGACCGUCCUCGUCGUCCUCCUCCUCCUCCUCCACCACGAGGACUGCUGGGAAGCCCGAUUCUCCUGGGCUGCGCAGGCGGAGAGGCUCCCCAGUGCCUAGUGGCAGGGUGACGCCCCCCCGCAGAGCUCCCUCCCCUGAUGGCUUUUCCCCAUAUAGUCCUGAGGAGACCAACCGCAGGGUCAACAAGGUCAUGAGAGCCCGCCUCUAUCUGCUGCAGCAAAUUGGACCCAACUCAUUCUUGAUUGGCGGAGACAGUCCUGACAACAAAUUCCGGGUGUUCAUUGGUCCACAGACCUGUAGCUGUGGGCGAGGGACGUUCUGCAUCCACGUGCUCUUCGUGAUGCUCCGGGUCUUCCAGCUGGAGCCGUCAGACCCCCUGCUGUGGCGCAAGACCCUCAAGAACUUCGAGGUGGAGAGCUUGUUUCAGAAGUACCACAAUCGGCGCAGCUCACGCAUCAAAGCUCCCUCACGCAGCACUAUCCAGAAGUUUGUGUCCCGCAUGUCCAACUCACACACGUCAUGCCCCUCCAGCGCCUCCCCAUCCAGCAACGAAAGCAGUAUGAAGGACGAGGAGGAGCAGAUGUGUCCCAUCUGUCUGCUGGACAUGCUGGACGAGGAGAGUCUGACGGUGUGUGAAGAGGGCUGCCGAAACAAACUCCACCAUCACUGCAUGUCUAUAUGGGCCGAGGAGUGCCGGAGAAAUCACGACACAUUAAUCUGCCCUCUGUGUAGAGCCAAGUGGAAGUCUCAUGAUUUUUACAGUUAUGAGGCCUCAUCUACAGUGGAAAGCACAACAAACCACUCCCAGAGUCCAACAGCUGCUGCUGCUUCUUCCUCAUCUUCAUCUCUUCAGGCCGAGAGCUCCCGGUCGGGGCAGGAGGGCGACUUCUCUCUCCCACAGUAUGGAGUGCAGCACAUCCCGCAGACUUACACCGAGCUCGCCGAACCCUGGAUCAAGGUGUUUGGUCUGGAGCUGGUUGGCUGUCUCUUUUCCCGGAACUGGAACAUCAGGGAGAUGGCGCUCCGGCGGCUGUCACAUGACGUGAGCGGGGCGCUCCUGCUGGCGAACGGGGAGCACUCAUUGGCCGGGGCGGGGCCGGGGGCGGGACUGGGAGCAGUGACCGGAGAGGUGGUGGUGGAGUCGUGCUGUAGUGUGCUCUCCAUGGUCUGCGCCGACCCCGUCUACAAGGUCUAUGUGGCCGCACUGAAAACCCUACGAGCGAUGCUCGUCUACACCCCCUGUCACUCUGUGUCGGAGCGGACUCGUCUACAGCAGUUGCUGCGGCCCGUGGUGGAAACCAUCCUGGUCAAGUGUGCAGACGCCAACAGUCGCACCAGUCAGCUCUCCGUGUCCACUCUACUGGAGCUGUGCAAAGGUCAAAUGGGGGAACUCGCUGUGGGCAGAGAAAUCCUCAAAGCAGGCUCUAUUGGUAUCGGUGGAGUUGACUAUGUCCUGAACUGUAUCUUGGGCUCUAAAACGGAGGCCAAUAACUGGCAAGGCCUGCUAGGUCGUCUGUGUCUGAUCGACAGGCUCUUGCUGGAGUUUCCUGCUGAGUUCUACCCUCAUAUUGUGUCAGGUGGAGACUGCGACCAGGCCCAAAACCUUUCGGAGAGGUACCAGAAGCUGCUGCCUCUUCUAAGUUUUGCGCUGCAGUCCAUCGAUAACUCUCACUCCAUGGUGGGUAAGCUUUCUCGUCGCGUCUUCCUGAGCGCUGCCCGUAUGGUGGCUCGUGUGCCUCAUGUCUUUGUCAAGCUUCUGGAAAUGCUCAACGUCACCAGUUCCACUCACUACGCCCGCAUGCGCAGGCGUCUUCUAGCCAUCGCUGAGGAGAUGGACAUCUUGGAAGCCAUCCAUCUGGGAGUGGACGACCUACAGAACGGGCACAGUUCGCUUUCCAAUGCCUUCAUCGAGCCCACCGCCCCCCAUAACUCCCCGUGUACGACUGAGAGGAACUCGCCCACCCAUGGUCUACAGCAGCCGACCACCAAGGUGCCGCUUUCAGGUCAAGCCAGUUCAACUCCUGUAGAUGAUAUAACAGAAAGACUCUCAAACAUCAUCACAAGCCCCGCUGAGUUUCCAAAGCCCCCUAUUCAGGCCCGAAACAGACCUAGUCAAUGUUUAAACUCCCCCUCAUCCAGUCAACCCCCGAGCCUUCCUUCUCUGUCCAUGACCAACGCCUCAGCCUUCCCUCCAGAAAACCACAAAGGCCUUCCGCAGAGUUUUGUGCCCAACAAACUCCCCCAGUCCUCACUGAGUGCCCAGCGCAAGUUGCCAGUGCAGAAGGGAUUAAGUGGAGGUGCCUGUAGUGGGAAGGAGCCGGAGAAGUUGCCCUCCCCGGUGUUCACCCAAGCUCGACCGUUUCCCUCGAGUCACAUCCACUGGCCCAGACCCUCUCGACCCUCUCCACCUGAUGGAGCCAAAGCUUUAAGCCCAGGGACAAAGAGCAACAUGAAACUGGACCUUCAGGAGGGCAGGUCCAGAGACGAGGUGUGCUGCAGUGGCGGUUCUGCUCUCAUCCCCAGCGAGGACACGGUCUUCACACCAGUCGAGGAGAAAUUCCCCGGGAUCGACGCUUCGGCCGAUCUCAGCUCCAGCAUGGAGGACCUGUUGGAGGCCUCCAUACCUGUGGCAGACAGCACCGUCACCUUCCAGUCCGAAGUGGCGGUGCUGUCACCGGAGCAGGCCAACACCAACGACGACACCUACAGCGAGGAUAUGACCAAGAACCAGAAGUGCAAGGAGAAGAUGGAGGCUGAGGAAGAGGAGGCGCUGGCUGUGGUCAUGGCAAUGUCCGAGUCUCAAGAUGCCCUGCCUAUCAUCCCGCAGUUACAGGUGGAGAAAGAAGAGGACGUGAUCAUUAUUCAGGUGGAUACACCAGAGACUCUGCCUGGACAUACCAAAGCAAAACAGCCAUACAGGGAGGGCAAGGAAUGGUUAAAAGGGCAACAAAUUGGCCUGGGUGCCUUUUCGUCAUGUUACCAGGCUCAGGAUGUGGGCACUGGUACUCUGAUGGCUGUCAAACAGGUGACGUAUGUGAGGAACACCUCCUCAGAGCAGGAGGAGGUGGUGGAGGCACUGCGAGAGGAAAUUCGCAUGAUGGGUCUCCUUAACCACCCAAACAUCAUCCGAAUGCUUGGGGCAACUUGUGAGAAGAACAACUACAACCUUUUUGUGGAGUGGAUGGCAGGUGGCUCAGUAUCUCAUCUCUUAAAUAAAUAUGGCGCGUUUAAGGAGGGCGUGGUCAUCAACUACACCGAGCAGCUUCUACGAGGUCUCUCCUACCUCCACGAGAAUCAGAUCAUACACCGAGACAUCAAAGGUGCCAAUCUACUAAUCGACAGCACGGGCCAGAGGUUGCGGAUAGCUGAUUUUGGGGCAGCAGCACGUCUGGCUUCAAAGGGCACGGGUGCGGGGGAGUUCCAGGGUCAGCUUCUGGGAACCAUUGCCUUCAUGGCUCCUGAGGUGCUGCGAGGGCAGCAGUACGGGCGCAGCUGUGACGUCUGGAGUGUGGGCUGUGCUAUUAUAGAGAUGUCCUGUGCCAAGCCGCCCUGGAACGCUGAGAAACACUCCAACCACCUGGCACUUAUUUUCAAGAUUGCCAGCGCCACCACGGCUCCAGGCAUCCCCCCCCACCUGACCCCGGGCCUGCGGGACGUGACCCUGCGCUGCCUGGAGCUCCAGCCCUCGGACCGGCCGGCCUCCCGAGAGCUGCUGAAACACCCCAUCUUCAGGCACACCUGGUAGAGGCGGCGCACUACUGAAGCCUGGUCCUGCUGACACGCUCCUACUGCUAGUCUACACACUUUCUGUCUUUCACAGUCAAAACACACUCAUUGCAGAGAGCCCUGAAUGUUGUAUGUUUGCAUAAAUUUCUGUUUUUAAGUUUAGAUCUCUGAUCUUCUGGAAGGCUGAAAAUCAGGUCACCUUUUAGAAAUCCAGCCUGAGUUCCGGCGUUCAGUGGCUCGUGUGGUGAACGCAUUCGACUUUAGACGGAUCCUAAUGUUUUCACACCAUGAAUGUGUUUUGGUGAAAGACAAAUCUCUGCUAGUUGAACUAGCGCACCGCUGAAUGUGAAUGCUUAUGAUGCCGGUAUGGUUCACUUUUCAUUUCUAAACGGAGAUCAUGUUGUAUAAACGUCUGGUUUUACAUGAUUUAGCUUAAUGGGUGUAAUUGGGAUCCUUUUCAAAGCUAUCGCCCAAUUUUAGACUGUGAUGUGCAUCUGUAAAUCUUGUUUAAGAGUCUCACUGGAACAUCAUUUCGGAUCUCCAGCUCGAUUUCAGUUUAUAUGUCGUGAUUUGACUUAUUUCUUUAAUUUGGGUGUCAUGACCUCAUCAUGAUUUAGUUGAACUUUCCUUUCCAGCUGUUAUUUAGCCAUGUUAUUGGUGCUGUUCUGUUCGCGUUCACGAACAUCCAAGACGUUUUGUAAGAGAUUAAGCUUCCUAAAGGAGCAUUCAGCUCGCGCAACUGAAUAUUUCCUCGUGUGUUAUUUACUCCAUUACAAACGUUGAACAUUUAGGUGGAGGGAUCAUAUUUAGCUAACGACUUUAGUGCUCGUAAACACUGUUUUUCUUUCCCAAAAACCAUUAACUUUAUGCAUGUUCUGAAAACAUGUCAGGUGUCUGAACUGUAGCUCUUCAAGCAUUGUUGCUUUUUAGGUUUUCUUCCAUUUUUAAAAACCAUUUUAAAAGAAUAUUAAUGACCUUAUUUGGACUCCGUUCACACACAUCUCGAGUUGUAAACGUGACGAUUUCAAAAAUAUUUUUUCAAAGUAAUGUUAUUUAAUGCAAGUUCUACUGCUUUGUGGAAAACAGGCUGAUCAAGCUUGAAGAGUUAAGAUGUAAAUAUGAAUUUUGGUAGCUAAAUGUAUUUUACUUGACUCCCGCAUUUUUAAAGCCACAAUACUCAUCAUAAAUGCGUAUUUUGUUCCUGAUAUGUGUUUCUUUUCUAUUUUUUUUUUCCUAUGCCUUUAUGAAAGCUUUAAAGUUAUGCACUCUGUCUUUUUAUAUACUGGAAAGGUGUCUGUUUCAGUCGGCUUGAUAAAAUCUAAUCAGUAUUACUUGAGUUUCCACAUCUUCUGUCAUUUCUUCAGUUGUCCUCAUCUCACUGCGUUCUGUUGUUCUGUUAUUUCACGGGCUUUUUGUUCUGGGCUUGAACGGACCUGUAUGAAAUGAUGCUGUUUCUCGUCACUUGGUGGUACUUUUUAUGUGAAGAUUGUCUAUUGCUGUUUUAUUCCAGUCUUUUCUACCUCAGGUGUCCUCUAGAGUUUUCUUCUACCAAAGUUCACUUUCUCAAUAUAUAUAAAUAAUUAUAUAGAUAUAUAUAUAAAUAUAUAUUCUUUUAUUUUAAUUUUAUAUCUCUGAUUUGAUUCUUUGUUUGUUUUUUCCUCAAAGAUCUCCAGGGCUUAAGGGCUAACUUAUAUUAGCUCCUUUUAUUGUGCAAAUAAAUCUCUGGGUUCAGCAAAAGAAAAUGAAAAUUGGCUAAAGCUGUAUCUUUUAAUCCUGUGUAGCUUUUGUCAAAAAUGUUUUAAUUAUUAGGUUUUUACCCCAUUUGAAGCAUUUUAUAAUGAAAUCUACCUAUUUUGGUCUUUAUAGCAAAUAAAACGUAUAGGAAAAUCA